ACGACUGUAAUGCAGUUUUUCCAUGGAGGAAGGAAAAACAUGUGUUUCCUUCCUCCAUGAGUUUUUCCGACUUCAGUCAGUUCGGAACUUACUACUUUUUUGUGCUUUUAUGGCAUCAGCGGUGGCGUACGUCCCAUUUUGAAACGGCGACCUAUUUUAACUAUCCUGCCACGACCUACUCUUUUUGGCACGCUUUUUGGAGCUGAUGAGCCGGGAGUUCACGAGGUCACCAUCAAGCCAUCAAGAGCCAACAAAAGAUCCAAUUCAAUCUCACAGAAGCUGGGAAGAUGUUUGGUAGUCGUGCUUGCACUGUAUGCUGUUUUAGUGCAGUGAUUUGUUGUUACAUUGGUUUUGUAACGUGUUCUACACACUGGAUCGUUACAGAAGAUGGCAAGAUACAACCUCAGAUGGACAGCGUGUUUUCUUUACGGCGUCCAUACGACCUGAUGGGACUCUUAGCACAAGAAGAACGGGCACACAUGGUGGAAUCUCUCAAGAAAGAACUUUUGCAACGGAAGGAAGAGAUCGACCGCUGUGAAGAUCAGGCGCAGGACGUCGAGCAGCGACUGUACGCCGCUGACCACGACUGCCUGAUCGCUGCGCAGCCACUCACGGAGUUUGACCUCUACGUCAGCACCGUGGUACCUUUCGACCACAAAAUUAAGAGUCACUCAGAUGAAAUGCUGCCCGAAGAGAUGCCACAGCCCAACUGCUCCAAAGUGAUGGACCUCAACUUUAGCAUGCAUGCCUUUGAGCACCUCGCUGGCGUGCGUGAACGACAUGCUCUCAAUAUGACCCCAGAGGCUGGCUUGCACCGUGCUGUUUCGACCAUUGAAAGCACCCACGAGUUUGGUCACCAAGUCUACAAGGCCAUGGCCAAGAACAACAGUUCAUGGGUGAUUUUCAACCUGGCUGCUUAUUACUGGCGGGAGAAGGGCGCUGCUGCCGAGGCUGUCGAAUGUGUGCGCAGAGCACUACACUUCUCUCCCCGGGAACACAAAGACGUGGCCCUCAUCAGCCUGGGAAAUAUUCUGCAUCGUUCCCAUCUGUCCGAAGAGGCAGCCAUCGUUGUACACGCAGCUGUGGAUACUGCGCCUGACAAUGCUAUUUGUCAUUUUACCCUGGGCAACAUUUAUGCAGUGCUGGCAGACUACAACAAAAGUGUCAUCUGCUUUGAAAACACUCUGAAAGUUCAACCGGACUUUAAGAAUGCGAAGCAGCGGUUGCAUGCAGUCCUGUGUCACAGCAAACUUGAGGCAGCAUUAGAAGCCCAGCACAAUUCCUUGCAGAGAAUGUUAGGCCAAUUGCACGAGUACCAGGAGCGGCGUGAGUUAUGGCUUCAAAAGAGUGAGCAGCUUAUUGGAGAGCAGGCAUCCCCAGAGCGCACACUGGAGCAGCAUGUCCUGUACCAGGAACACCGGCUCAGGCAGAAGCCUAACCAACAACAAAAGGGGCACAGCUGCUUUCAGUUGGAGCGCAAUGGGCAUGCCUUAUUGAGUUGCAACGUGAAUCACAUCCCAUAUCAUGUGGACAGCUUGCAUGACUUGGGUCUCAACCAGCAGUUUGUACAAGCUGUGGAAUCGCGAGCUUCACGCCUCAUCCACAAGGUCCACCUGCGCAGUUCGUCUGUGCACCCAGAACAGUGCCGACGCACAUAGUGUCGACCCUUCUGUGAGAAUCACCCACGAAAAUGUAACAGCACCACCCAAUCAGGUUACAGUUACAAGGAAGCACGUCUUCUGAAAUGGGGAACAGAAUUGAAGAUAGGUGUUCGUAAAUGGAACGGGAUACUCUCCUGACAGUUUACAAUUCAAUAAGGCCAUGUCAAGCCAUCAUUGAUGUUCUUCGAGAAAUGCAAAGAGAUUGUGCACUUGACAGUAUCUGUGUUCAAGUAGGAUUCAAAUAAAGGUACUUUACUUGUGUGAA